CGGAAGAAGUGGCGCAUCGCAACCGUCAGCACUAUCGGGUUAUGAACAAUUCGGUGUUUUUCAUGCGAGAUACCCUCUGUUUUCCCGCGGAUUAAUGCAAUCGUCGUCGGUUGCAUGCUGGACAGCGAUGGGGAAUUGAUAGAUAAUAAAGUAGCCUAAUAUUAUGAUAAACGGAGACGCUCUUCCCAAAGCCGUGUAUUUGUUGUAUAUGCCGAAAUGAGGCAGGGGGCGGAAAGUCGCCACAGAAACAUUGGGUUUUGGCCAAACAUCCACAUGUUUCAGCCCAUAAUUGACGUUUAAUCGUGGGUUUGCGUUGCUUUUGGUGCAAAAUUACCGAAUUGAGCGAAUUUUGCAAGAGAAAUGCAGCUUGCUUGAGGACACCCCAGAUAUCGGUUGGCUGCUGCUGCCAUGACAGGCAGAGGUCUGCUCUCGACCACGGCUUCGCCGGUUGGAGAAUAAGCAGGUUGAUUGGGACGUGGUCUCAGCUGCGGAACUGUCAAUGUCGGAUGUUAUUAUUAGUGGAGCCUGAUCCUGUAAAUAUAAGCGCAAACAUACAGUAAUUCGGGAAAAACUCAGGGAAAAUGUCUUCUCGUUCUGCAUUACCGUCUGGAAACGACAGGGGCACGGACCAUCAUGUGUCACUAGCCGCCAGUCGCUCAGACAAGGGCACCACUCUGUCCAGCCGCUCGUUGGGCGCCCGUUGCAGGAACUCCAUCGCCUCCUGCUCCGACGAGACUCCGCACAUCGGCAACUACCGCCUGCUCAAGACCAUCGGCAAGGGCAACUUCGCCAAGGUCAAGCUGGCCCGCCACAUCCUGACGGGCAAGGAGGUUGCAAUAAAAAUCAUUGACAAAACUCAGUUGAAUCCAACCAGCCUACAAAAGGUGAGUCUUGGCCAUUUACUUUUUUAUCAAGCUGUGUUUUAUCAGUCACAGUGGACAUGA